UUAAUCAAUGCACUAUGCCUUCAUCAUCUUAAAAUAGUCUUAAUUUGUUUCAAUAUUGACUGCGCAUCAUAUCUAAGCUAUACCACUUGAUGUGUCUGGGUAUCAAGUUGCACAGUGCAUGUAUGCCAACAUGAUACCUUUGAAGGUAUUUCAAUUGCACGCUCAGGUUUCAUUAACACCAGUUGUGAGUUUCUUACAGGCACACGCACAACACAGGUACAGGUACAAAAUGGCCAUUGAUCCUGUUGCCAUAGUGACCUGACUGACCUACAGGAGGGUUUCAGUUUCCCACAACUGAAGACAGCAGAUAACUCCCAGUAUAUAUGUGCACAUGAAGACUUUUCGUGGUGGAAAGGUAAUGAUAAUAUUUUGACAGCAAGAUCAGACUCAGAGAGACGCAAGUCUGGUAGAGGUAAAUAUUCACUCCCUUCCAGUUUGACACUGAAAUUGCAUGGUGUUUUUUGACGGAAACAUCUUCAACAUCAACUUUGUCUUUGUCAGCAUGGCAGAGCCUGGUGUCCGACUUCCUUUGGAGCAGGUGAAAAUGAGCGCUGUCUCUGAUGAACGUGUGGACUUCCUUAGAGAACAGGCCUUCAGUGUUCUACGGGUCAAAACGGACAAGUGGAACCGUUUUAUCGGUCUGGAGGAGAACCAAAGAACCCUCAUUGACUUCCUGGACCAGAGCUGGCGAGAGUAUUUGAUUUUGUUCAUGGGACCGGGAGGAACACUGCAUGCAGGAGAUGAACAGAGCUACUCUUCCUGGAAGACCAAGCAUCUGUGUGUGCUUAAGAAAAGAAAAGGUGUCAUCUCCAAAACCUCAUUUAGAUCCCAGCUCUGGCUCGGAGAGGUUCCUGCGCAACCCAUGGAUUUUGCUCCUGUGAUCAUCUCGCAGUCUGCCUGGCCUCGGGUAGUCGGUCAGGAUGUUUGCAGACACCUUGAGCAUCUGCAAGGUCAAGCAGUCACACUGAGAGGACGAGCUCAAGGUCAAAUCCUUCUGCCCCUGCCGCUGUGUGUGGAAAGAAAAGACCAAGAACAGCUCAGCUCGGAUUUGUGUCUGAUAGACAGGGCAUUAUUGUACUCAAUUGAGACCAUGGUGAUUCAGUGGUGUCAGCUGAUGGGCUCUGUGCUGCAGCAGGACUCUUCUAAGCUCCUGCACGACGGGGACCACCCGGGCCCCACGGUGGAGCUCAGUUUCUGGGCUAAGCAGAAAGCAAAUUUAUUAGGAAUCCAGAAACAGGUGGAAAUGAAGAGCAAUUAUCUGCAGAACCCAAAGGUUGAUCAGGUGCUCGAAAUUUUGCAGAGGAUAAACAGCAGUUAUUACGCUCCUUUCUUCGACAUAAUUCAGAAAGUCAAUCACGCGGUGGUGGAGGCUGAGGACAUAGAUCUGCACUUGCGUACAUUGCGGCGACCCAUAGCUGCAUUUGAAGAACGGAUCUUCACCGAUCUGGAACGUCUGAUCCCCGCUCUGUUUCACACAUUUUCUCUCAUCUGGACACAUUCACGCUUCUACUGUCACCCUACACGCAUUGUCAUUUUGCUUACCGAGUUUUGCAACCUGCUCAUAGAGAAGGCAUCUCUGUAUCUGAUUCCUGAGGAGCUCUUCAAAAUGGAAUUAGAGGAGGGUGUGGAAAGGGUUCGGAAAGCGAUCCAGGUGUUUUGUGCGUUCAAGAGGAGUUUUCGGCAGCACAGGGACAAGCUGACACCCACUGGACCCUACGGCCGCCCAGGACACACAGUCAAACCCUGGGACUUCCCAUCUGAGCUUGUGUUUCAUCGCACUGACUGUAUCAUGAAGAGACUGCACAUGAUCGAGGAGUUGUUUGCCUCAGCUCUUGACUUUCUGAAGUUGGAGCGGGUGGAAUUGGGCGGCUCCAGAGGGAAAAUUCUCAGUGAGAUGGUGUACAGCAUGAAUGACGAAUUCCUGGACAGCUGGAGAACUCUAAGAGAGAGCAAAUAUGAUCCACUCGACUACAACAAUAAAGAGUUUGUGCGUGAUUAUAAUCGAUUAAUGGAACAGUACAGAGAUUUCGAUCAGAGACUGGGAACAGUAAUAAACCUGGCUUUCCAACAUUCUCUGGGCUUAGAGUCUGCUUUUAAGCUCCUGCAGAUCUUUGGUGCUUUGUUGGAGAGGCCGAGGGUUCACCAACUUUUCGCACCAAACUAUAAUCAGCUGGUGGUGAUGUUUCAAGAAGAGGUGGACCUCUGUCAACACAUACUGGACACACAGAGAGAGAAGUUACGGACUGGCUGUCCCAUUCUUGCUAAAAACAUGCCAUAUGUUGCUGGUAACCUCAAAUGGUCUCAAGAACUCAGAGAACGGAUCUUGUCCAGCCGCAGUAAACUCAGCCAGCUUACGCAUAUGCCACUAGACAGUCCUGAAGCAAAGCAGGUGUUGCGGGUGUGUGAAGGUGUACUGGAGGUUCUGGAUCAGCUCGAUGAGGAAAUCUACACUAAUUGGAGCACUGGAUUGGACGAAUUGUGUCACGCCCAUCUGAAUGACCCAUUGCUCUUAUUGGAUAAGGAGAGCAGACUGUACAGCGUGAACUUUAACCCUGCUUUGACAUCGGUAUUAAGGGAAGUUAAGUAUCUUGGAAUUUUGAAGAACGACAACAUUCCCAAGGCAGCUGUGAGUCUGUACUCUAAACGGGAAACACUUCACAUGUACACAAGCACUUUGUCCCAGAUCUGUCAGUGGUACAAUAAGCUACACAGCACAAUUCUCACAGUUGAGCUUCGAUUGGUUGAGUCUGAGCUGGAAGAAGUAAGGCGGACGCUGAGGCCAGCAUUAAAAGAAAUGCAGUGGAGUGAUGAAGACCUUUCUGACUACAUCAAAAGCACAUGUGAUCUGGUGCGUGGUGUUUCAGAGCGUGUGCAGAAGAGCAAGGCCAACCUUGACAAACUACAGGGGCUGAUGGGAGUUUUCAGUCACUCUGCCUGCAUUACACGCAGGACAAGUCGCCAUGGCAACCUGCUGAACCUCGACGAUGUAGAGGAGAAUAUCCAUCGGCAAUACGCUCUUAUCGCACAGACAGGAGAGAAGAUACAUGAGCUUGUGCAGGAUAAUGCUGUUCUGCUUGGUGCAGAUGUACACUCGGAGGCUUGGGAGGCUUACACAGAACACGUGGACAGAACCGUUCUUUCUGGGUUCUGCAGUGCGGUGCGAUGUUCCCUCCAGUACUUAGUCGAAAACACAGAUCCAGCACCCCGCAUCGCUCCUCUGUUCGAAGUUCAGCUGACCUUGACCUCAGACAUGACCUUUUGCCCCUCCCUAGACCUGUCCAAGAAAGGCAACUUCUACGACAUCAUUGACCAGAUGGUGGCAGAUAUUUUUAAAAUGGCUUCUUUCAUGAAAAGAGUGUCCAAGAUCAAACAGUUGGAGACGUAUCAGGCAGACGUAUAUCAGAUACCCGAGUUAGAAGAGUUGGCUCAACUGGUGCGUUGCCGUGCACGCAGGGCCAUCGCCAAAGUCAAAGACUUUCAACAUUCCUUCGAUUCCUAUCGCUACCUUUGGACUGGAGACAGGGCAGAAUUCAUGAGGCAGUUUCUGCUCUAUGGACACGCCCUCUCUGCGGAGGAGGUGGAGCUUUAUGCAGAUUACGAGCUGCGUAAAAACCCACCCAAACUGCAGAACUUCAGAGAGCAGAUCAGUGAGUUUGAGGAUCUUUACAUGAAGGUAGAUGUGUUAGAAGAGAAGAGAGUGUUCUGUGGCUGGUGUCAGGUGGACAUCAAACUUUUCAAAAUCUCUCUCAUGAACAAUAUCAAGAAAUGGAGCUGGAUGUUCAAAGAGCACCUGCUUAACCAUGUCAACGACAGUGUGCAAGAAUUGGCAUCAUUUAUUGAGAAUACAGAGCUUGGGUUGGCAAAGACUGUUACCGACGGGGACUACGGCAAACUGGUGGACAUCAUGGGUCACCUAAUGGCUAUAAGAGACCGUCAGCUUAGCACGGAGCAGCAUUUUAAACCCCUCAAAGCGACUGCAGACCUGCUCAAAACAUACAACCAACAGCUACCAGAGCAUAACUACGAACUGUUGGAGUCACUUCCAGAAACUUGGAAGAACCUUAAAAAGGUGGCAUUUAUAGUAAAACACGAGGUUGCUCCUCUCCAAUCCAACGAAGUUGCGGUCAUCCGCAGGAAAUGCGUACGGUUUGAGAUUAAACAGCAUGAAUUCAGGGAGCAGUUUCGCACCGAGUCGAUCUUCUACAUUAGCCUGGAGGAGCCGUACAAACUCAUCGACAAGUCGAAUCGUGCCGUAGCUCAUUUAGAGAGUGAGAUGUCAAAGCUUCAGCAAACUGCCAAUCUGUUUGAGGUCAGUUUUCCUGACUACAAACAACUCAGACAGUGUCGGUCAGACCUCAUCCUGGUUAAAGCAGUCUGGGAUAUGGUUAUGUUUGUCAAGUCCAGAAUCUCAGACUGGACUAAGACACCAUGGAAGGAGAUCAAUGUGGAGCAAAUGGACAUGGAGCUCCGGAGGUUUGCUAAGCAAAUGAAGACUCUGGAUAAAGAGGUACGUGCGUGGGACGUUUACAACGGUCUGGAAUCCAUCGUGAAGAACAUGUUGACAUCAUUACGAGCCGUAAAUGAGCUUCAAAACCCUGCUGUCAGAGAGAGACACUGGCAACAGCUCAUGCACACAACAGGGGUGAGUUUUGUGAUGGAUGAGAACACAACACUCGGUGAUUUGUUAGAGCUGCAGCUCCACCGUGUGGAAGAGGAAGUGAAGAACAUUGUGGACAAAGCCGUGAAAGAGAUGGGCAUCGAGAAGAUUCUGGGUGAGAUCCAGCAAACAUGGUCUAUGAUGUCUCUGUCGUACGAAACGCACACCAGUACCAGAACACCUCUUCUUAAAGCUGAUGAGAACCUCAUUGAAACCCUGGAGGACAAUCAGGUUCAGCUCCAGAACAUUCUUAUGAGUAAGUAUGUGGAAUAUUUCAUGGUGGAGGUGAGUGGCUGGCAGCGGAAGCUGAUGAUAGCUGAUCUGGUCAUCGGCACAUGGCUGGCGGUCCAGCGCACGUGGGCUCACCUCCAGAGCAUCUUCACAAACUCUGAGGAUAUCCGAAAUCAGCUGGCCCAUGAUGCUGAACAAUUUCAAGGCAUUCACCAGGACUUCCAGGGUUUAAUGGUCAAUGUUGUGGAGACAAAUAAUGUGAUUAAAGUCACAAACAAGCCAGGCUUCUUAGAACAACUUGAAACUCUUCAGCAAAGAUUGUCUGUGUGUGAGAAGGCUCUGGCGGAGUAUUUAGAGACGAAGCGUUUGACAUUUCCGAGGUUUUACUUUGUCUCUGCUACUGACUUGCUGGAAAUUGUUUCCAAGGGAACUCAACCCAGACAGGUGACACGGCACCUGCUGAAGCUCUUUGAUAAUCUUGCUGAUCUCAGCUUUAAAGAGGAAGAUGAAGCUCUGGAAUCAGAAACAACGAUAGCCUUGGGAAUGUACAGCAGAGAGGGAGAGUAUGUGGCAUUCUCACAGCCCUGUGUGUGUGAGGGACAGGCAGAGUCUUGGCUCAAUGCUCUGGAGCAGGCCAUGCGUUCUACUGUUCGCCAGGAGAUCUCAGAAGCUGUGGCAGCUUAUGAAGACAAACCACGAGAUCAGUGGCUCUUUGACUACCCAGCGCAGGUGGCACUGACAGGCAGUCAGAUUUGGUGGGCGACUGAUGUGGGAAUUGCUUUUGACAGGGUGGAAGAGGGUUUUGAAACUGCACUAAAAGACUACAACCGAAAACAGAUCAAUCAGCUGAACUCUCUGAUAAACAUGCUACUUGGUGACCUCACCCCUGGAGACAGACAGAAGAUCAUGACCAUCAGCACCAUCGACGUCCACGCUCGUGACGUAGUCGCCAAACUUAUUUCACAGAAGGUGACCAAUGGGCAGGCGUUUGCAUGGUUGUCGCAGUUGCGCCACCGAUGGGACGAGGCGCAGAAACACUGUUACGUCAACAUCUGCGAUGCACAAUUUCAGUUCUCAUAUGAGUAUCUAGGCAACACCAAUAGACUGGUCAUAACACCGCUGACUGACCGAUGUUACAUCACUUUAACCCAAUCUCUGCACCUCACCAUGAGUGGCGCCACCUCUGGUCCUGCCGGGACUGGCAAGACUGAAACUACCAAAGACUUGGGCCGCUCUCUCGGCAUCAUGGUCUAUGUGUUUAACUGCUCAGAGCAAAUGGACUACAAGUCCAUAGGUAAUAUCUAUAAAGGUUUGGCGCAAACAGGUGUCUGGGGUUGUUUCGAUGAGUUCAACAGGAUCUCGGUGGAGGUUCUGUCUGUGGUUGCCGUACAGGUGAAAACCAUUCAAGAUGCCGUCCGCAACAAGAAACACAGGUUUCACUUCCUAGGGGAGGAGAUAGAGUUGAGGCCAACAGUUGGGAUUUUUAUCACUUUGAAUCCUGGAUACGCAGGGAGAACCGAAUUACCAGAGAACCUCAAAGCGCUCUUCAGGCCGUGUGCGAUGGUGAUACCUGACUACGAGUUAAUCUGUGAGAUCAUGUUGGUGGCUGAAGGUUUUAUUGAUGCACGCCUGCUUGCAAGGAAGUUCAUCAGCCUUUAUACACUUUGCAAAGAGCUGCUCUCCAAACAGGAUCAUUAUGACUGGGGCUUAAGGGCCAUAAAGUCAGUCCUGGUUGUUGCUGGGUCACUUAAGAGGGAGGAGAGAAGCCGUCCUGAAGAGCAGGUGCUGAUGCGUGCACUGCGAGAUUUCAACCUGCCGAAGGUCGUGACGAGCGACGUGCCGAUCUUCCUGGGACUAAUCAGUGAUUUGUUUCCUCUUCUGGACAUCCCACGCAAGAGAGACCACGUGUUGGAGCAAAAUGUACGGCAGUCAGUACUUGAGCUCCACCUGCAGCCUGAAGAGAACUUCAUACUAAAGGUGACCCAGCUAGAGGAGCUGUUGACGGUGAGACACUCUGUUUUUGUAGUGGGUGGAGCCGGGACAGGAAAAAGUCAGAUUCUCAAGACGCUACAUAAGACCUACUCCAACAUGAAACUGAAGCCCAUCUGGACUGACAUCAAUCCCAAAGCUGUCACAACCGAUGAGCUGUUCGGCUUUUUGCACCCAGUCACACGAGAGUGGAAGGAUGGUCUGUGUGUGUGUUUGUGUGUGUGUGUUACAUUAUUGUUUGUUUAUGGGACUGCCGACACAGUGUCAUGUCUGUUUUCCUCCACUAUGAGAGAACUAUCUUCUAUACCACAUGAUGGACCUAAGUGGAUUGUUCUCGAUGGAGACAUCGACCCGAUGUGGAUUGAAUCCCUGAACACCGUCAUGGAUGAUAAUAAGGUACUUACACUGGCCAGUAAUGAACGGAUAUCAUUAACUCCUUCCAUGCGAUUGCUGUUUGAGAUCAGCCAUCUGAAGGCUGCCACACCGGCAACCGUAUCUAGGGCUGGAAUCCUUUACGUGAACCCCCAGGAUCUGGGCUGGAGUUCGUAUGUAACAAGCUGGAUUGACACCCGUCAUGCCCAAUCCGAGCGAGCCAAUCUUACUAUCUUGUUUGAUAAGUAUGUGCCCUACUGUCUGGAACAAAUCAGAUGCAACCUGAAGACAAUUACGCCCAUCCCUGAGUCGAGUAUGGUACAGACCCUGUGUUGCCUGCUGGACUGUUUGUUGACCCAUGAAAAUACCCCUCCUGACUCUCCCCGUGAGCUAUACGAAAUCUACUUUGUGUUUGCAUGCGUCUGGGCCUUUGGAGGGGCUCUGUUCCAGGACCAUCUCAUAGACUACCGGUCAGAGUUUAGUCGUUGGUGGUGUAAGGAAAUGAGAGCCGUGAAGUUUCCAUCGCAGGGCUCAGUGUUUGAUUACUACAUCGACCCAAAGACUAAACGCUUCACCCCUUGGAAUGAACGCACCCCACCCUUUGAGCUGGAGCCCGACAUCCCGAUACAGACAAUGUUGGUGCAUUCUGCGGAGACGAUCUCUCUGACAUACUUCAUCGAGUUGCUCCUGCAGAAGGAGAAGCCAGUAAUGCUGGUGGGAAAUGCUGGUGUGGGCAAAACCAUCUUGGUCUGGGACACUAUCUCCAAACUCAAAGAGGAGUUCAUGGUGGCCAAAGUGCCAUUCAAUUAUUACACGACCUCGGCCAUGUUACAACGUGUGCUGGAGAAACCAUUGGAGAAAAGAGCUGGGCGCAACUUUGCUCCUCCUGGCACUAAAAAGCUUAUCUACUUUGUGGAUGAUUUGAACAUGCCCGAGGUAGAUGCCUAUGGCACUGUCCAACCUCACACCCUUAUUAGACAACACCUGGACUACUCUCACUGGUAUGACCGUCAGAGGUUGGCCCUCAAAGAGAUUCAUAACUGUCAGUACAUUACCUGCAUGAACCCAACCGCAGGAAGCUUCUCCGUCAACCCUAGACUACAGAGGCAUUUCUCUGUGUUUGCUGUGCAUUUCCCUGGUGCGGAGGCUCUAAACACUAUAUACAGCAGCAUCCUGAGCGGUCACUUCCAGCAGGGCGGUUAUAGUUACGGCGUGAGUCGCAUGGUCAGCACACUGGUCCAGGCUGCCAUCUGCCUUCAUCAGAAAAUGAGCCAGAACUUUCUGCCAACUGCAAUUCGCUUUCACUAUAUUUUCAACCUUAGAGACAUCUCCAACAUCUUCCAGGGGAUUCUCUUUGCCCAGCCUGAGAAUAUGCGGUAUCCUAUAGAUCUGGUGCACCUGUGGCUACACGAGUCCUCUCGCGUCUAUUCAGACAAACUCAUGGAGGAGAAAGAUGUCGAGCUGUUUAACAAGAUCCUGCUUGACACGGGCAAGAGAUACUUUGAGGGAAUAGAUGAGUCUAUCUUCAUCAACCAGCCGUUGAUCUACUCUCAUUUCGCUUACGGUGUGGGCGAGCCGCGUUACGCCCAGGUGACCGACAUCGAGAAGCUUCAGAAGACCCUGAUGGAUGCGCUGGAGCAUUACAAUGAGCUGCACUCCGACAUGAACCUGGUGCUGUUUGAGGAAGCAAUGCAACACAUCUGCAGGAUCAGUCGCAUUCUCGAGUGUCCUGUGGGAAAUGCAUUGCUGAUCGGAGUGGGCGGAAGUGGAAAACAAAGUCUCUGUCGACUGGCUGCUUUUCUAAGUGGCCUAGAAGUGUUUCAGAUCACACUGCGCAAGGGCUACGGCAUCAGCGACCUAAGGAGUGAUAUAGCAGCUCUAUACAUAAAAGUGGGAGUGAAAAACAUUGGUACAGUCUUCCUGCACACAGAUGCUCAGAUUCCUGAUGAAAGAUUCUUAGUGCUGAUCAAUGACAUGUUGGCAUCAGGUGAUAUCCCUGACCUAUUUGGUGAGGAGGAGAUAGAUAUGAUCAUCUCCUCUAUCCGCGUGGAGCUUAGGGCAAUGGGCUUGCUGGACACACGUGAAAACUGCUGGAACUUCUUUAUUGACCGCAUACGCAGGCAACUAAAGGUGGUGCUGUGUUUCUCUCCAGUCGGUUUCACUCUUCGCACACGUGCACGAAAGUUUCCUGCUCUCGUGAACUGCACCGCCAUCGACUGGUUUCAUCCUUGGCCCCAGCAUGCACUACAGUCUGUCAGCAGCACUUUCAUACAAAAUAUCCCUGACCUAGAGCCAGCGGUGCGAGCGUCCAUCAGUGACUUUAUCUCAUUCGCUCACACUUGUGUAAAUGAGGUGAGCGUAAAGUACCAGCAGAAUGAAAAGCGCUUCAACUACACCACACCCAAGAGCUUCCUGGAGUUCAUGAAGCUCUACGACAACCUGCUGGGGACAAAAAGAAGAGAACUCAUCCAGAAGAUGGAGCGCUUGGAGAACGGCCUGCAGAAAUUACUGACCACAGCAUCGCAGGUGGAGGAUUUAAAGGCUAAAUUGGCCACACAGGAAGUGGAGUUACAGCUGCGGAACACAGACACUGAAGCUCUCAUCGCUAAAAUUGGCCAGCAGAGCGAGAAAUUCAGUCAUGAGAGAAGUGUAGCCGAUGCGGAGGAACAGAGAGUAGAAGCGAUUCAAGCUGAGGUGACAAAGCAGCAACAGGAAACUGAAGCAGACCUGGCAAAGGCCCAACCAGCGUUACAGGCGGCUAAUGCAGCACUCAACACACUAAACAGGCUGAAUCUAACCGAGUUGCGGACUUUUCCGAACCCUCCCGUCAUCGUGACUAACGUUUCUGCCGCUGUGCUGGUUCUUCUGGCCCCUAGCGGCCGGAUCCCUAAAGAUCGAAGCUGGAAGGCAGCUAAAGUCGUCAUGAGCAAAGUGGAUGAUUUUCUGCAGGCGCUGGUUAAUUUUGAUAAAGAGCACAUCCCUGAAGCUACAGUGCGGGUGAUUAAAGACGAGUAUCUGAGCGAUCCUGACUUCAACCCCGAGUUUGUGCGUCUAAAAUCAUCUGCAGCGGCCGGGCUUUGUGCCUGGGUCAUCAACAUCAUCCGUUUCCACGAGGUCUUCUGUGAGGUAGAUUUGAAGAGGAUGUGUCUGUCUCAAGCAAAUGCGGAUCUGAUCGAGGCUGCAGAGAAACUGGAGAUCAUCAGAAAGAAACUGGCUGAGUUGGACAGCAACUUGGACAUGCUAAAGGCAGCGUUUGAAAAAGCCACAUCAGAGAAACUGCGCUGUCAGGACGAGGUGAACCGCACCAAUACAACCAUUCACCUGGCCAACCGCUUGGUCAAAGGCUUGGAGUCAGAAAAUGUGCGCUGGGUUCACGCUGUAGCUCAGUACAGAGAGCAGGAGUCGACUCUGUGUGGAGACGUUCUCCUCACUGCAGCCUUCAUCUCAUACGCUGGAUCCUUCUCAAAGAGAUACAGACAUGAGCUACUGCACAACCUCUGGAUGCCUUACCUGCGCUCCCAGAAGGUGCCCAUUCCCAUGACUGAGGGAUUAGAUCCCAUUUCCAUGCUAACAGAUGAUGCCACAAUAGCUAAGUGGAAUAACGAGGGCCUGCCAGGUGAUAAGAUGUCCACCCAGAACGCCACUAUACUGACCAACUGUGAGCGUUGGCCUCUGCUCAUCGACCCUCAGCUACAGGGCAUCAAGUGGCUCAGGAGUCACUAUGGCAGCAACCUCAGAGUCAUUAACCUCGGUCAGAAAGGGUACGUGGAUGUAAUUGAACAAGCAGUGGUCUCUGGAGAACCCGUAUUGAUCGAGAAUCUAGAGGAGACAGUUGAACCAGUUAUUGAUCCACUGCUGAGUCGACAAACCAUCAAGAAGGGCAGAUGUAUUAAAGUUGGGGAUAAGGAGUGUUACUUCCAUCCAGACUUCCGUCUGCUUCUGCACACCAAGCUGGCAAACCCUCACUAUAAACCUGAGAUCCAGGCCCAGACCACUCUCAUCAACUUCACUGUGACCCGCGACGGGCUCGAGGACCAGCUGCUCGCAGAGGUGGUCAGCCUGGAGAGACCCGAUCUGGAGCACCUAAAGUCAGAGUUGACAAAACAGCAGAACACAUUUAAGAUCGAGUUAAAACAGCUGGAGGAUGAGUUACUGACGCGUCUCUCUGCGGCCGAGAGUAACUUCCUAGGGGACGACGUUCUGGUGGAGAAACUGGAAAGCACCAAACAUACAGCUGCAGAGAUUGAGAUGAAGGUGUUGGAAGCAAAGGUUAAUGAGGUGAAGAUAAAUGAGGCUCGUGAACACUACCGGCCCGUGGCUGUCAGAGCGUCUCUCCUGUACUUUAUCAUCAACGACCUAAACAAGAUCAACCCCAUGUACCAGUUUUCCCUCAAGGCGUUUAAUGUCGUGUUUCACAAGGCUGUGCAGAGUGCAGAUGUCUGUUCUGAUGUCAAGACCCGCGUGAACACACUGAUAGAUUGUAUCACAUUCUCUACAUUUAAUUACAUCAACAGAGGCUUGUUUGAGAGAGACAAGCUCACCUUUGCUGCACAACUUACAUUUCAGUUGUUGUUAAUGAGUAAAGAGGUGGACCCUCGGGAGCUGGACUUCCUGCUGCGCUUCAACAUUGACCACAGUUACAUCAGCCCACUGGACUUUCUGUCCAACGCUGCAUGGAGUGCCGUUAAAACUAUGAGCUUCACAGAUGAGUUUCGUGGCCUGGAUCGGGAUAUAGAGGGUUCUCCCAAACGGUGGAAGAAAGUGGUGGAGUCUGAAUGCCCAGAGAAAGAAAAACUACCACAGGAAUGGAAGAACAAAAGCUCGCUACAGAAGCUCAUCCUCAUGAGAGCUUUUCGACCUGACAGGAUGACAUACGCCGUCCGGAACUUUGUGGAAGAGAAACUGGGCGUGCAGUACACAGAGGGGAGGAAGAUGGAGUUUGCACGAUCAUUUAAAGAGUGUGGUCCUGCCUCUCCCGUCUUCUUCAUCUUGUCACCAGGAGUGGACCCACUUAAAGAUGUCGAGUCCCUGGGUAAGAAACUGGGUUUCACUAUAGACCUUGGGAAGCUCCAUAAUGUGUCCCUAGGACAGGGCCAGGAAUCUGUGGCCGAACUCGCCAUGGAAAAGGCUUCACAUGAGGGCCACUGGGUCAUUCUACAGAACAUCCACCUGGUGGCCAAGUGGCUUGGCAGUCUGGAAAAGCUCCUAGAACGUUGCUCCGAGAACAGUCACCAAGACUACCGGGUGUUCAUGAGCGCGGAACCUUCUCCGACCCCACAGGAACACAUCAUUCCGCAGGGCAUUCUGGAAAAUUCCAUUAAGAUCACUAAUGAGCCGCCAACGGGUAUGCUGGCCAACUUACACGCUGCUUUGGACAACUUUGAUCAGGACAUCCUGGAUCAGUGUUCCCGUGAGCAGGAGUUCAAGACCAUCCUGUUCUCGCUGUGUUAUUUCCAUGCGUGUGUAGCGGAAAGAAGGAAAUUUGGCCCCCAGGGGUGGAACAGAAAGUACCCUUUCAACACAGGAGACCUCACCAUUUCAGUCAACGUCCUCUAUAACUACCUGGAAGCAAACUCACAGGUACCAUGGGAGGACCUGCGCUAUCUGUUUGGUGAGAUCAUGUAUGGUGGGCACAUUACUGAUGACUGGGACAGAAGAUUGUGCAGAACUUACCUGGAAGAGUACAUGCAACCUAACCAGUUUGACCGAAAGUUGUCGCUGGCCCCAGGAUUUGUUGUUCCUUCCAACCUGGAUUAUCAAGGUUACCAUGCUUACAUAGAUGAGAUGCUUCCCCACGAAAGCCCAGUGCAUUACGGGUUGCAUCCGAAUGCCGAGAUCGAAUUUUUAACCGUGACGUCAGACAGCCUCUUCCACACCCUGCUGGAGCUGCAGUCCAGAGACUCCGGCAUGGGCGAAGGAUCCUCACAUACUACAGAAGAGAAGGUGAAGACGAUCUUGGAUGACAUCCUGGAGAAAUUACCGGAAGAGUACAACAUGUCCGACAUCACGUCCAAAACAGCCGAACGUUCGCCUUACAUUCUAGUCUGCCUCCAGGAGUGCGAGCGUAUGAACAUGCUCAUUCAUGAAAUAAGACGUUCGCUCAAAGAAUUGGAUCUGGGGUUGAAGGGAGAGCUGGCGAUAUCAUCAGAGAUGGAGCAGAUACAAACAGCUUUGUUUUUCGAUAAUGUUCCUGAUACCUGGGCCAGGCUAGCCUACCCCUCUACAUACAGUCUUGCUCAAUGGUAUAAUGAUGUGUUGCUUCGCUGUAGAGAGUUGGACAGUUGGACUCAGGAUCUGUCUCUGCCUAGUGUGGUCUGGAUCUCUGGUUUAUUUAACCCUCAGUCUUUUCUAACAGCUGUAAUGCAGAGUUUAGCACGUAAGAACGAAUGGCCGCUUGACAAAAUGAACCUCACGGUGGAUGUUACCAAAAAGUUUAAAGAGGAAUUUAACCAACCUGCCAGAGAGGGAGCUUACAUCUACGGCCUUUACAUGGAGGGUGCACGCUGGGAUAUUCAGGGUGGAACGAUUGCAGAGGCUCGACUUAAGGAUUUAACACCCAGCAUGCCUGUUAUAGCCGUGAGAGCCGUCCCGAACGACCGUCAGGAGACGCGCAACACCUACGAAUGCCCCGUCUAUAAAACCAAACUACGUGCUAACACGUAUGUCUGGACCUUCAGUCUUAAAACCAGAGAGAGACCAGCGAAAUGGGUUCUUGCAGGUGUCGCCCUGCUGCUUAGUGUUUGAGACUGAAGACUACUGUAGUGAUGUGA